UCUAUCUCCACUUUCAUUCCUCUUCUGUAUUCUAUGGUAUGUUAAUUAGAUUUGGUCUAUUUCAUUCCAGUAUAUGGUCUUAGGCGGACAGUAUGCGUCAGGGAACUGCAUUGGUUUUACCAGUGGUCAUCUUCUUUAUUGUAGGAUCGAAUAUCCCUUAUAGUUCUAACGCUGGCAUAGUAACGGGGAAAGAUAACAAGGAACAGGAGAAGGAACUCCAAAGUAAAAAGCAGUUUAGAAGAGGAAUUGGUGAGGAACUUAACAAUUUGAAAGACAAAGCAAACCAGGCGAGUUCCGUCUACAAGUGGCUAAAGAGAAACUGGCAAAAACUAUUUGUGAUCGUCGUUGCCAUAUUUUCAUUGCUGGUAGUUCUGGGGAUCUACAGAAGAUGUUUCUCUGAUUCUGGUUCUGGCGGAGACGAUGAACAACCAAAAGUAGUCGUCGUAAAAAUGCUCAAUCAAGAUCACAAGGAGAGAGGCACAAUAAGGCAGGCAAAUGUGACCGAGGGGAGUUCUAUCGGAAAUGAAAAUGAUGGAAAGAGGGAAACCAGUUCUGCGCAUGGGAAUAAUAGCACUGGUCACAAAGGAGAGGCUAACAAUUCAAAAGUGGCCGAAAAAUCGGCCUCAAGAGGCCGAAAAAUUCCGAUAGAAUCGUCUUCGGUUUCAAUAAUAACCAAAACUAAACAGCAUGAGAAGAAUAAGGAACUUACAUAUCUUCGGACAUUAUCUUCAAAACCCGAUUUAAAUGAGCUCACUUCUCAUAUAUGUGCUCUGGAUGGUAUUCCUGUUUCUGGAUACGCCACAUUUCAGCAAACUGAUUAUUACAAACUCUAUCACUAUUUCAAACAAUAUAUCUCCAAAGAAAAAAGUGCUAAAGGCCAACUCAGUAUGCAUCCAAUCAGAGUCUGCCAGGGAAGUACGUGUGAUGGACCUUUCCCAUUCUAUGAAAACAUAGCGCUCGUAAAGAACGUGGUGACGUCACUGAUGAUGAAAUAUUAUGAUGCCUACAUUCCCACUGCUGAAACUAACACCGACUUACCGCUGACUGUAUCGCCAUAGAGAAGAGCGUAUGCGUAUCAUUUGUAAAGUUAAGUAGGAAGGGUCGUUUAGCUAUAAUCAGUUACAUCAUUACGCGGAUAAAAGGGUGCCGCAUGAUAUGGUUGUAACUGGCUUCUUUCAAGCAGGUCGGUGUUUUAUCUCUGAAUAAAUCUCGUCGGAUACUUUUUGUUUCCUUAUCCGGUUAACAGGAAUAAAAGUUCCAUCGAUGUUAACCUAGUCUAGACACCGAGGAAUUUCGAAUAACAUAUGCAGUACAUAACCGACUGGCUAUUAUCUGGAUGAACCACUGAUGUUGUGCUAUGGUAAUAUUGACACAGAACUUGAAAUAA